ACUUGUUUAAUGUAUAAUGCUUUUUGACAAUAUUUUAAUUAAACACACUCAUUCCAAAACAGCUAGGUAGUUUGCACUACCGCUAGUAACCAGUUGGGGCGCUAUUCAGAAAACCCUCUCUCAGAGAAUGAAGAGCGUGCAUUCUUCAUUUAUCGUUGGCGUGUGCCAUGUUUGCGGAAGUUAAAGCGAUUAUUGUCAUUUUAACGAAAUGUAGAUAAUAUUCACAUUUACAGAUUAUAUUGUAGCUCAUAUUAAACAACAAUGAUGACAUUACCAAAGGGACCGGACUCUUUGUGCUUUGACAAAGACGAAUUUAUGAAGGAUGACUUCGACGUGGACAAAUUUGUGGCAGAUUGCAGAAAGCGCGUCCAGCUGGAGGAGAUGCGUGAAGAUCUGGAGCAAUAUUAUAGGCUUCUCAAAACAGCAAUGGUCGAGCUCAUCAAUAAAGACUAUGCAGAUUUUGUUAACCUUUCCACCAAUCUCGUUGGAAUGGAUAAAGCCCUAAAUCAGCUGUCUGUACCUCUUGGCCAGUUACGUGAAGAGGUGCUGAGUUUGAAAUCAUCAGUGAAUGAAGUUAUUGAAGCUAUAGACGUACAGUUAACCAAGCAAGAUGAUAUUCAUAAAAAGAAGAUUUGUGUAAUGAGACUCAUCCAAGUUGUAAGAUCUGUAGAGAAGAUUGAGAAAAUUCUUCACCAAAACACCAAAGAUACAACAUCCCUAGAAACCAGCAGUCCCCUUCUGGCAGGUCAGAUUCUAGAGCGAAUCGCCACAGAGUUUAACCAGUUACAGUUUCAUGCCGUCCAGAGCAAAGGAAUGCCACUGCUUGAUAAAGUUCGCCCGAGAAUAGCUGGAAUCACUGCUAUGCUUCAGCAGUCUCUGGAGGGCUUACUGAUCCAAGGUCUGCAGACGUCAAAUGUAGACAUUGUGCGGCAUUGCCUCAGAACAUAUGCUACCAUUGAUAAAACUAGGGAUGCAGAGGCACUGGUUGGACAAGUCCUAGUCAAACCAUACAUGGAUGAGGUUAUUGUUGAACAAUUUGUUAAGUCCAACCCUAAUGGUUUAAAGAUAAUGUACACAAAGUUGUUGGAGUUUGUGCCUCACCAUUGUAGACUUCUACGAGAGGUGACUGGUGGGACUAUCUCUAGUGAUAAAGCUGAUAUUGUCCCAGGAUAUGACUUUCUGGUGAAUUCUGUCUGGCCUGAAAUCAUUAAAGGUAUUGAAGAAAGGCUCCCUUCCCUUUUUAACCCUGGAAACCCAGAUGCAUUUUAUGAGAGAUACGUUGUCAGUAUGGAUUUUGUACGUAAGUUCGAGAGGCAGUGCGGUUCUCAGGCCAGUGUGAAGAGACUGCGUGGACAUUCCUGCUACCAGAGCUUCCAGAACAAGUGGAACCUGCCAGUGUACUUCCAGCUACGGUUCAAGGAGAUUGCAGGAAGUCUAGAAAAUGCCAUUGCGGAUGGACUGGUGGCAGCUCCAGUGGAGAGCCGCUACCAUCUGCAGGUGACUGAGGUGUUAUGGAGCUGUUUGUGCAGGUGCUGGGCUGAACAGGUGUACCUGACUCCACUCGCUCAUCGAUUUUGGAAGCUAACACUGCAGCUGCUUUCUAGAUAUGCCACUUUCCUCACAGAGGUCCUAACAAAAACAUCUCCUCCAGAGAAUAGCAAAGAUUCAGUAAGACCGCUCCCAAGCUCCGCCUCUUCCACAUCCAGCCGAACAUCUCAGGAUGCAGACAGUGAGAACUCGGGCCCAACUGCCCUGUCUACCAAGCAGCUCGUCUAUAUUGCAGGCGAUGUUGAUAAGUUACAAAGGGAGAUUCCAGACAUCACUGAGAUGAUCAGGGUAAAAUUGGAGGCUAUUGGAUUCCAAAAUUUUGCAGUGGUUUCAGAAGCGUUGCAGGACUCCAAGAGCUCCCUGUCUAGCUGUAUUCCCCCACUGAACAGCAGAAUGACUCGGCAUCUCACUGAGAGAAGCAUUCGCUUCCUGAAAAACGCUUCCGAAGUUCCACGACUUUAUCGGCGAACCAACAAGGAGGUGCCCACCAGAGCCUCUGCAUAUAUGGACAAUGCCCUUCAGCCACUCCAUCAGCUGGUCACUGACUCCAAAAAUGUGGUAACAGACUCCAUCAUCCAGGAGUGGCUCCGCAUCACACUGUCAGAUUGCACCCAGAGAUAUUAUGAGACUAUAUCUGACGUACUAAGCUCGGUGAGGAAGAUGGAGGAAUCUCUAAAGAGACUGAAGCAGGCUAGGAAGACCACCACCACCAGCACUGUGGGUGUCAAUGCAGGGCCAUCAGAUGACAGUAAAAUCCGCCUGCAGUUGGCUUUGGAUGUGGAAUACCUUGGAGAACAGAUUCAGAAGAUGGGUCUCAAGCCAAGUGAGAUCACCAUGUUCUCUUCUCUGCUGGAACUCGUACAGGAAGCAAGAGAUCUCACCUCAGCAGAGCAGACAGGGUCCUAAACCAGAAUGAUCAAAAGUAGGGUCCAAAUUGUCUUGUCUUGGAGGUUUAAGACAAAAACCUUCAGAAUGCGUAUGCUCUGAAAGAUUAAGAACCGGUAAAUGCUUGGCUCAGCGUCUGUUCCAGGAACAGUUCUAUGGAGUCCUGAUGUUGAAGUUCUUAUAUUUCUGAGCCAAACACUCAACUGUUAUAAUAAUAAUAAUAAUACUUAUAAUUAUAGCAGUAACAUGUUUAGGAGCACACUAAAAUUAUUUGUGAUUUACUAUUUGUAAAGUUAUUCACAACUGUAUGUAAGAAUAUGGCUGGGAAAGUCUUAUUUAAUGGUUUAAAGGAGUAACUAUGUACCACAUUUGCACUGAUGCUGUUGUGUCUUGUCAUACGUGCGUACAUCUAAUGAUUUUAGAUGAUGGGGUGUUUUGACUUGAGUUGUGUCUGUCUUAAAUUGAUUUCCAAGAACAUUUGGUGAAUUGCCAAGUUGCAUAAACUGGUUAAAUGCAGAAGAGGUCACUUGCUCAAAUUACUUCUGUCUUUUAAAUCAAAUUGGGUACUGGAGUUUACUUGCUUGUCUGGUGAAGAAUGGGACUUUUUUAUUUGAAAUAAUAAAAUACACAUACAUUUGGAAUGACAUGAGCCAUUUGUGUGUAUGCAUUAGAGUUAAUAUGUUACAAAAGGGCCUUGUAGAAUGUUUGGUACAGGUCAGUAACCAAAAAACUAGAUGUGUCAAAGUUUCAUUGUUUCAAAUAAUUUAGGUGUAUUUAUAUUAUUUCAGUUGCUUUUAUUAACAGUAUAACUGGUUAACUCUUUGUUGAAAAAAUAAUUAUGGGUAAAAUUAGCUUAAUUUAACCAAAAUCGUUUUUUGAUAAAUAUUAAAAGUUUAUUUGUUUCAAA